UUUGUCAUUUAUACGAGUACUUCUCACAACGUCCAAAAUGCAGCUCGUCAGUUUCUUUUUAAUUUUACUCUUCGGAUUCUCUCAUUGCGUGAAUCAUUUACCCAAAGGGGUUUAUUUCAUUUCUUUAGAUUCGUCGGCCAAUAUAUCGAUGUAUUGGUCGUUGGAUUACAAUCAAAAAUACGUGCGUUUUGAAAUUCAUUUACCAUUACGUCGUUGGGACUGGUUCGCGAUCGGAUUUUCCGAUUAUGGAGAACUGUAUCAGGCUGAUUUGUGCAUUUUGUGGAGUGAUCGUAAAUGGAAUACCGAGUUCCAAGAUGUUUGGACAGACGAAAUAGGCGAUGUGCAUUUAGAUGAGAAACAAAAUUGCGAAGAUUUUGACAUCGAUUUUCACGAUCAUUUGACCAAGUUCACUUUUUCUAGAAAAUUUGAUACUUGUGACGAAUUUGAUUACGUUAUCGAGGAUGGAACAACUCAUAUUGUAUGGAUGAAAGGAAACGGUUUACUGACUGAUGUAGAAGGCCGAAAUGUUGAUCAUGCUUCGAAACACGGAAUGCAAAGAACUCAGUUAUUAAAAAAUCCCGAAUUGCAAAAAAUUAAAUUCCCUCAAGACACCAGAACAGUUGAAUUUACAGCUGAUCGUGUUCAAGUACCCGGCGAUGACACCACGUAUUGGUGUUACGUUCAAAAAAUUCCCGAAUUUUUAUCGAAAAUUCAUCACGUUAUUCAAUUUGAAGCUGUAAUCCAAAGUGGAAAUGAAGGAUUAGUUCAUCAUAUGGAAUUAUUUCAUUGCGAGGCAGCCUACGAUAAAGAUAUUUCCUCAUAUAAUGGACCCUGUACUCACGCUGAUAGACCCAAAGAUACAGAAAUUUGUAAAAAGGUGUUAGCUGCUUGGGCGAUGGGAGCUACCCCAUUUUUAUACCCCAAGGAAGCUGGUUUACCUAUCGGUGGUAAACGUUUCAACCCCUACGUUAUGUUAGAGGUGCAUUACAAUAACCCUGAAAUGAAAUCAGACUUUGUAGACAGCUCAGGAGUACGGUUGCAUAUAACACCUACAUUAAGAAAAUACAACGCUGGAGUAAUGGAAUUGGGUUUAGAAUACACAGAUAAGAUGGCAAUUCCGCCAAAACAAGAAUCAUUUUUGUUAUCCGGUUAUUGUAUAUCAGAGUGUACUGCUGUGAGUCUACCACCUCAAGGAAUCACCAUAUUUGGAUCUCAAUUACACACUCAUUUGACAGGAGUUCAAGUAUUGACACGACAUAUUCGCGAUGGAAGAGAAUUGCCAGAAUUGAACCGAGAUAAUCAUUACAGCACUCAUUUUCAAGAAAUAAGGCUUCUUAAAAGACCAGUGAAUAUUUUACCAGGAGAUGCUUUGAUCACAACGUGUCGUUAUAAAACAGAACAAAGAGAAAACAUUACUCUCGGAGGAUUCUCCAUUAAAGAUGAAAUGUGUGUAAAUUAUGUCCACUACUAUCCAAAAAUUGAGCUAGAAGUGUGCAAAAGUUCCAUCAGUUACCAAACUCUAUUUACUUAUUUCCGUUACUUGAAUGAAUGGGAAAAUCAAAACACCAAUUCGCAAUAUGGUAUUAGCACAAAUUACGGGAAUAUCAAUUGGAAUCAAGACAGAGUUACCGACUUACAAAGUUUGUUCAACGAUAUGACAUUAUCGAUGCAAUGCAACGCCAGUACAGGUUUAAGAUUUCCUGGUGACUGGGAAAAUGUACCCUCAACUCACGUACUUUAUCCUCUUCCUCCACCAAUACGAAGUUGCAAACAAGAUGAAUUGAUUGUGUAGCAAUACGAUUAGUUGUACUCACAUGUACAGGGUAUGCAACUGAACUAUGGAACAUCGAGAGGGGGGGGGGAAUUCUUGAAAUACAAAACUGGAACUCAAAAAUUCAGGGGUGUUAAACCCAUAAAAACCAAAAUCCAUAUCAAUUUUUAUUUGUUUUUUUUGUUCGCUUUUCUUUUUCAAAAUUGGAAUUUCUAAAAAAACCAUCAUUCAAAUUCUAAAAUUUUGAAUUGAUACCAAAAAAAUCAAACUCUUUACAUUUAAAAUAUUGUGUUAGUAUUGGAAAUUGGUUGAAAA